GUGCACACAGAAAGCAGAAAGCAGAAAGCAGGUCCUCGUGGCUAGUUGCUUUGCUAAGAGGCACAAAGGCACAAACACACUUCAAAUUCAAACUUUCUGUGUGUUACUCUUACUCAGAGCUUAGCCAGAACAGUACACAAUAGGUCCCUAUGAUCCCUUUACCUGAAACACUAGUUAGUGACUCUCUCUGCGUUACCAAAAUGGGUCGAAAACGUGCUUCCAAAAACACCCACAGGGCUCUAGUGUUGGGUGUUUCCGAAGAAUUGUUUUCAACUUCACGGUGUUCUUUAAGCUUCUCUAGACGGGCAUCGGUGCAUCCUACUGUUGUAAAACCACAGCCUUCCAAUGUGAGGCGAUCUGAACGCAUUAAAAGUAAAAGUUUAGUUGUUAGUCACCCUAACACCAAUUGUGACAUUGAAGUCAUUGAGUAUAUAACUCUCAGCGAUGGUGAGAAAGAUGAAGCAGAUACUCAACUGGAGCACGAGUCGGAGCUGGCAGAUAAUUUAGGUGGACGAGAAUAUUGCCUUUUGUGAAGCCCCAUUUAGGAGCAUGUAUAUUGACUCACAAAAGAAGAUUAAAGCUUUAGCAAGUGAAAAUCAAAGACUAAAUGGAAAGCUGGAAAAUGCUCUUGGCGAAAAUUGAAGUGGUAUGUUUCUAGAUUGUUAUUAUAGUCCUUUUGAUUCUUAUUAUGGCAUAAGGCCUUUUUAUUUAAUAUCAUAAUCUCUUGCAAAUUUUUUGUUUUUCCUUGUCAUGGGUUAUCAUAUUGUUAAUAACAUCUUUAAGGGAAAAAAAAGUAUAUAUGAUAUUCGUUGAUUUGAAGAAAUGUCAUUUUCCAUGAGCGGUUAUUUUCUGCAUUUCUUUCAUUAACUGUUGCUUCUAGUUUUGGAUCAAGAACCUUACUUAAGAUGGAUAAUUUCAUAAAAUGGUUCUUGUGGUUGUGACCACAAUACUAUGAGUUUUUUUGUCCUGUAUGUAGUUUUGUAUCUGAACUUUAUAUGAGUAUCAAGAGUAUCACCUUAGAAGGUACCUUGAAAUUAAUUAAACCGUAUUUGUUAAUUAAUUGAGCUUUUAGUUAACUUGAUGUAUCUCAGAUUAUCCUUGAUGACUCUACAUUGUAGUACGAAAAAGAGAUUCGUGUUUUGGUAGAUGUAUUGGGUAAAACGAAGGAUGCUGUUUAAGGAUACUAUGAUUUCAAAUGUGGCAAAAACUUUAGAAGCAUCAACUCAAGCAAUCCUAAUUCACAAUGCAUGCUCUGCUUUUGCAGUUAAGAGAAAGAGAAAUGAAAGCUGAACAACUUAUUAUUAUGUAUUGUAAAAAGUAAAUUACAAACUUUGAGCCUAUUGGUGCUUUUGAACCUUUUUGCAUGGAUUUCUGCUUGUUAAUGUGGUCCUUUUGAAUUCUGUGAUUCUCAUAUCAUGUCUCUCUCGUUUUACCUAUCA